GGCCCAAUUAGAAGCCGCCACGUAUGCGGCGUACGAGUAGUUCUUGGCGUCCCCAACGAGUCUGCGAGCAUUUAAAAACGGGUUUUGAAGACGCAGCGCGGAAGAGUCAUUCUCAUCGAGGAUUGCAUGAAUCCAUCGAUUAGGGUUUUCGUUGUCCCCGUUUGGGAUUUUUAGUGUUUCUUUGAUCGGAGAACCAGAUCCUUGAAUCUCCACAAUCGAUUUCUUGGUUGCUCACUUGGAAUCGGUUUUAAGAUCGAUUUUCUCGUAUUUGGAGCAAAUCCUCACAGAUUUCUCCCCACUGGAGAAGCCUCAUUUUGUCGAAGCAAAUUGGUAGAUAGAGAACUUAGAAUCGGGUGAUCUGGUAGUCAUGCCUUCGAUUAAGCUUGAUGCUUCCAAGCAAUACUAUGCAACCAGUAGCCUUGUCUUAGGAUACGCAAUGUGUUCUAGUUUGCUCGCUGUCAUCAACAAAUUUGCCAUCACGAAGUUCAAUUUCCCUGGACUUUUAACUGCUCUGCAGUACUUGACCUCAGCCCUUGGUGUAUGGGUUCUUGGAAAACUGGGAUUUUUAAAACAUGAUCCUUUUACAUUCGAAACUGCGAAGAAGUUCUUGCCUGCAGCCACCGUUUUUACCUUGCCAUUUUUCACAAACACUAACCUACUGCGCCAUGCCAAUGUGGAUACCUUCAUUGUAUUCCGAUCGUUGACACCGUUAUUGGUUGCUAUUUCUGACACUGCAUUCAGAAAACAGCCCUGUCCUUCGAAGCUCACAUUUUUGGCACUUGUGGUUAUAUUUGGUGGCGCGGUUGGGUAUGUGAUGACUGACUCGGCUUUCACACUCACUGCCUAUUCAUGGGCUGUGGCUUAUUUGGUUACAAUCACCACUGAGAUGGUUUACAUUAAGCACAUGGUUACAAACCUGGGUUUGAAUACGUGGGGCUUUGUGUUCUACAACAAUCUUUUGUCGCUAAUGAUGGCACCUGUGUUCUGGAUUUUGACAGGGGAGUAUGCUGAUGUUUUUAUGGCUUUUGGAUCCCGUUCGGAGAAUUGGUUGGACUUUGGUACUUUUGUUGCGGUUAGUUUAUCUUGUAUUUUUGGACUUGCCAUAAGUUUCUUUGGAUUUGCUGCAAGAAAGGCGAUUUCAGCUACGGCAUUUACAGUAACUGGUGUCGUCAACAAGUUUCUUACAGUUGCUAUCAACGUGCUGAUCUGGGAUAAGCAUGCAAGCCCAUUUGGUUUGAUUUGCUUACUUUUUACUCUUGUGGGUGGAGUUCUUUAUCAGCAAUCGGUCACUGUAAUGGGUGGGCCGCCUCCACAGCAUGAUCCUGCAGCUUCUAAGCUGGGAAACAAUAUGGACAACAGUGAUAUUGAAGACAAUAAACAAGGUAUGAGCAUAUCUGGCAAGGGACUCCAGCGUUUGAACUUCACGGCAUUGUUCUUCUAUAGGAGGUGGCAGUAUGUUGUAGCCUAA